UUUUUUUUUCAACAGGACCCAUAAUGUUCACAAGAUGGCCGCUGGUAGCUUUGUUAUGUUUGACGACGAUUGCAGCGCUCCUAACGUGGCAAGAAGUGUCUGCUCGCAGUGAUAAUGUUACCGGCAACGAUAUAUCGAAAGCACACAUUCAUAAAAGGGAAGACAAUCCACCUCAUGGAGGACACAAGAAACAUUCAGAAUCGAAUGAAACCGCUGGCGUUGAUUUGGUCGAACUGAAGUUCGAGGAAGUUGAGAGUCCGUUUAUCGUCUGCUGCGUGGUGCUCAUUGCGGCCCUCAGCAAACUCGGUUUCCAUUAUUCAAACUUUUUGUCAUCAAUUGUUCCAGAAUCAUGUAUGCUCAUCCUCGUCGGUACCAUUGUUGGUGCUAUUAUACAUUUUACUAAUAUCGCAUCAGAGCUUCCGAGGUUCUUCACUCCUCAUCAGUUUUUUAUCUAUCUGCUGCCUCCAAUCAUUCUCGAAGCAUCUUACAGUCUAAACGACAAGGUCUUUUACGAAAAUCUUGGAAGUGUCUUGAUAUUUGCUGUUGUAGCUACCAUACUUAAUUUUUUAUUCAUCGGUUUAACUCUCUAUGGAUUGGCAGUUAUUGGAGCGAUGGGAGAAAUUACUAUACAGUUCAUCCCAAUUCUGGUCUUCAGCUCCCUAAUUGUUGCAGUAGAUCCUGUUGCUGUACUGGCAGUCUUUCAAGAAAUGGGUGUUAAUAGUGUUUUAUACUUCCUAGUGUUUGGAGAAUCUCUCUUAAACGAUGGUGUUACUGUUGUUUUGUAUAACGUGAUGCAAACCUACAACGAAAUGGAUGUCAUACAUGGAGAGCAGGUGGCGCUCGGUGUGGCUAAGUUUUUCGUCGUCUGCAUCGGAGGCUUUUCUAUGGGCACCCUAGUUGGGUGCAUAUGUGCUGUCAUUACAAAAUUCACCUCCAGCGUUAAAGUGUUGGAACCACUGACCAUCUUUUCUCUCGCUUUCCUCUCGUAUCUUCUGGCUGAGAUGUUUGCAUUUUCCGGUAUAAUCAGCCUCAUCGGAUGUGGUCUCAUACAGGCGCAGUACGCGUUCAACAACAUCACUCGUAAAUCGAAAACUACUGUAAAAUACUUCGCCAAAGUAGCCAGUACAGCUACAGAAAUUGUGAUAUUUCUGUUCCUGGGCUUAGCAUUGGUUGAACCAAACCAUGAAUGGCAUACAGGUUUUGUUCUAUGGACCAUAUUCCUCUGCUUGAUAUACCGUUUUAUCAUUGUGUAUAUUAUCACAUUUCUCCUCAACAAUUUGGAUAUGUAUCGCGUCAGGAAAGUAGGAUACGAUGAACAGUUUAUCAUGAGCUACGGUGGAUUGAGAGGAGCCGUCUGCUUUUCCCUGGUUGCCACCUUAGACCCUAGUAAAUAUCCACUCAGAAAUCUCUUUGUCACAACCACUUUAACAGUCGUCAUCUUUACAGUUUUCAUUCAGGGAAUAACUAUAAAACCAUUGGUGAAGCUAUUACAGAUUAAAAUGGCGCCAGAAAAAACAUUAAAUUUAUUCCAAGAGCUCAAUGAUCAUGCAACAGACCACAUCAUGGCAGCGAUAGAAGAUAUUGUUGGAUGCCGUGGCAAAUACUCCUGGAAGGAAAUCAUUGAUUACGUACAUGAAGGAUACCUCAAAAAAUGGCUCCAGAGAGAGCCGUCUGGAGUUGAUGCUGAAAUUAAAGCCAUUUAUGAAAAAGUAGCUCUAAGGGACCAUUUUGACCAGUUAUAUCUAGGAGGUGCCAAAAAUAUUCCGUUGUCUGAAGGAAUCCUUACUCCGCUGUUAGAUCCGUUAGAAAAGCUCAGAAACGACGUCGAUUCGAAACUAUUAAUGGUGGAGCUUGAACCACGACAGAUUGACUCUCCGAAGAGAAGCGUUUUGAAUCGAAGAUUAACUCUUGCAAAUCUUCCGUCAAAUUCAGAAUUGAAAAAGAUUUUGGACCAUUCCAGUUCAAGAGAUCUCUACCACAGUGCUAACUAUGACAGAAAUCUGACCCAUGAUGAGUACACUGACAUACGUCAUCACAUACGGAUGAAGCACCGACGAACGAGUCGGAUGCUGGAAGCCCAUCACUUCAACAGCAGUCGAGCGCUGUCAUGGAACAGCAGCGCUUACGAUCCGUUUUAUGGUCGCACACCCAGCGAGCCAUGUACCGACAAAAUACGCCAGUACCGAAGGAACAGAACGUGUUCCCUAAACAGUUCCUCAUCAGAUCGAAAUUGGUCUUUCUCUAAUGAAUCUUCAAGUGGCAAACACAGUUCUCCGUUGUCUGUGGUUCCUGAAAGUCAAAGUGUCGUCGAGUCCGAAGAAGGAACAACGGUAUAUAAUAAUUUCUCCUAUGAACACGAUGCCGUUGAUGAUAGCCGUUCCUGUACCUCAGAGCCGACAACUCCCUCAAAGCAAACUGAUGUUGAACGUUCAAAUUCCAUAGGAAAAUACACAAAACAUAAACGACCAUCUGCAACCACUCAGGAAACAGAAAUAACGUUAUCAAUCGAUGAAGAUGUUAUAGACAUGCAUGAAAAACCGACAUGAUGAUUCAAAGCAAUCUUAAUUAAUACCUGGUCGUUAAUAUAUUUAGACUGGUUCGAAAAAUCGAAAUCAGUUUCUUCCUUUUGUUGUUUUAUAAACAAAAUAUAUUUUGUUUUGAUUUUUUUGAUUUUGAUUUUUCCAGUUUCAGCUAAUGAGCUGUGGCCAUGCUGGGGCACCGCCAUUAAAAUAAGCGUCCCCAUGCCGGGAAUCGAACCCGGGCCGCCUGGGUUUUUUUUUUUUUUUUUUGUGGGGUUUAUGAAGGGAAGACUUUUUUGUGAAGCAGGGAGGUUCACACUUACAAAACAAAACAAACAAAAAAAGGCUGUAAACAAACACACUCACACACAAAA